CUGCAAACAACCCACCAGCCUGUAUUAUGCCCAUGGUAACAAAGCAGCAGAGCUUCUUUGACUACAGCCUCUGCAUAUGACCAGCUGGAGGUUUUUAAAUGUGACGUCACCACUUCGGUUAUUUCCACGGUCAUCUUUAACAAUACAACGCAACUCUCGAUGGCAUUGUGCAGCACUUUUCAUGCAAACGGCAUGUCCUCCCCUCCUCGGACGGUUUUGCAGAGUUAAAUGAUGCAGCUGCAGUAAUAAAUAGCAGCAGAGAGCAGGAAGAAAUGAGGAGGCAUUAGCAAAUGAGAUAAGCCUGGGUUGGACUUUAAAAAGACAUGCUGAAACAGAGCGAAAUGGCAGAUGUAAACCCCAAGAGGGCAUCUCAGUUCUUGCAAAAAUGUAUUAAGCCAGAGGACAACGGAGGGGACGCACAGCCCAAAGAGGAGGUACUAGAAGAGCCGUCUCUGCCUGUUAUAACUCAGUCCUACCCUCAGACAGUGCAAGAGGAAAUAUCGAUGGUGUUCAACACCUACAAUAUGGCAGCCAACCUCGGCCCAGCCUCCAGGAGGAAGAGGGAGAAAGGUGCAAAUCACGAUGGCACAAGCACCUCCCUCUAUGUUGACCGCCGCAAGUCCAAGGUGUGGAACUAUUACACCAAGCUGGGAGAUGCCUAUGUCGAGUGCAACGUGUGCAAGAAGCAGCUCUCCUUUCACAACAGCACCACUACCAUGCGGGAGCACCUGGUGAGGAAGCACAGCAUUCGCGACACUUUGCUCUCGCAGCUGAAGGAUGACCAGGCUUCCGAGUCUGACUGCAUGGCUCAGGAGAACAUGAUAAAGAGGUCCCGGCAGAUGACACCGGAAAACCACCUGUACCAUGCCGCGUCCUGCUCGGAACCAAGGACUGAUGUGAUUCUGGAACUGGUGCUUGAGAUGAUAUUUCGUGACCUCCAUCCUCUUUCCGUAGUGAAAGACAAGGGUUUUGGCCUCCUCAUCGGGUAUCUAGAGCCCAAUUUUACCCUCCCAUCUCCGAUUCAGCUCUCCAGCAUGCUGUGGCAUAGAUACAAUGUGGUGAAGCAGCACCUGGAGCGCUAUUUGCAAACAGCCCAGUCCAUAGUCAUCUGCGUGGAGUUCUGGGUGUCCCAGCCCAACCAGACAUACUUGACAAUCACGGCCAACUUCAUCGACGGGGAGUGGCGCCGGGCAAGAUGUAUCCUGGAAACCCAGCCAGUGCAUGACACUAAAGGGGAGGGCGAUUUAGGAGAGAAGCUCUACAGUAUCCUGACAGAGUUUGGGUUGUCGAACAAGUCCAUUUUCUGCGUGAUGCACGACAGCCUGCAAAACACAGUGCUGAAUUCGCAGCCGCUCAAGAGGGCUUAUGGCUGGACCAGCCUGUGCUGUGCUGCCCACACUCUGCACCUGUGUAUCAAGGCAGGGCUGGAGGUCGAGCAGGUGCAAGAGGCUCUGACUGCUGCCCGGGGCAUCGUGAGCUACUUCCAACAGGAUGCGAAAGCCACCUGCUCGCUGAACAGCAAGCUGGAAGCGAUCAACAAGACCAAGUUGAAGCUGGUGAUGGAUGUGGGUUCUCGCUGGAUAACUACCAUUGAGAUGUGCGAGAGCCUCCUGGACCUCAAAUGGGCGAUCAUGUCCCUGCUGGAAGAACAUCCCAAAGGGACGUUGGCGGUGCAGAACUUAGCUGACCACCAGUGGAAGCUCUUGCAGGACCUGGUGCCGGUCAUGAGGACGAUUAAGAUCGCCACAUCAUUCUUGCGUGAGGAGCAGAACAUCUCCAUCUCUUCUCUGAUGCCUUGCAUCCACGGUAUCGUCGCUGCCAUUGGGCAGCAGUUAGAAGAGUCCAGCGAUGUCAUCAAGAUGGUGGUAGGCAAUAUAAGGUCAGAGUUGAUGCAGCGCUGGAGUAUAUCAGAGGAUGAGAAGGUGCUGGAAAGCCCUGCGAUUAUUGCCUCAUUUCUAGACCCUCGUUUCAAGGAGAUGAGGUUCCUGAGUCCCAACCUGAGGAGCGAGCUGCAUAAGAGAGUCAAAAAUAUGCUGUCGGAGGUCUUCAACCACCAGUCCCCGCCUUCUACCCAGUUCUGGGUGCCGAACUCAGAUUACAAAGCAGAGGUAGGAGAAGCAGGGGGCCAGCUGUCUGCUCAUAAAGACAGAGGCCCAAAUAGCCAGUCCCAGAGCAUGUAUGACAUCCUUUUGGGAAAAGAUCCAACGGAGAGCAUGCCUGAAAUCCAUCAGCAACUGGAGAACUACAUCGUGGAACCUCUCUGCAAACGCAGCACCAACCCACUGGACUGGUGGAAAACCAAUGAGCACCGCUUCCCCGCUGUGGCGAGAUUAGGCAGGCAGUACCUUGCCAUACCAGCCACUGUUGUGCUGCCAGACCAGGCCUUUGCUGCCAACGAGAGCACCCUGGAGCAUCGGAGAGCAGUCCUCACUCCUGAAAAUCUGGACCAAAUUCUGUUCUUGCACCAAAAUUUUGAUUUUUUAGAAUCAAUGAGAAACAGUAAUGAGAUGCGGGGCAGAAAUCUGCAUGCCCAGUAUUAAAAUGCAGUGGGGUGGGGCUGAGUACAGAGGUGAUGUGUAACAGUGUUUAACGCUUCCCUACCUUCUUGGUGGGAUUUUGGAAAGGUGUCUGCCUAACUUCAUUCCCAUUGAAAUUAUCCUUUGAUGUCAAUAGAAGCAGAGUUAAGCCAAUGCUGAGUGUUUUCAAAAUCCUCCCUACAUGUACAACACUGGUUUUGUAACCACUUUGUGAUAGUUUCAUCCAACUCAAAUACAAUAUAAUUCCAGAGCGGAAAGAAAAUGUUAAGUUCUACCAAUUUGGACUUCUUAGCAUCACCUCUGAAUUUGGCCCUAGGGCGUGCUCGUAAAAUCCUAAAGGAUAUACAAAUUCUCAUUGUAGCAACCUUUUUACAAAACAAAGGUCAAAUAUAUUAAUAUAUGUAAAUGUUAAGACUGUUCACUGCUGCAUGGAUCCUACUACUACAUCGUCAAAAUCUGUGAGUUUUUAUGAAACAGGCCACUGUCCACUAUUUUGAGAUGUUAUUUAAGUUGCACUGAUGUUAAAAGUUUCAGUCCUCAGAGCUACUCUCCUCUUCACCAACAGGUUGGUCCUGAUAACAGAGAGAAGCAGAUGGAAUUUGUUCACUUAGGGCAGCCCUGAACACAUCAUCCAUUGGGUCACUAGACUGGAAGACAGAUCCUGGCUGUUGCCAGUUUUCAGAGGGUGCAUGGCUUGGUUGAGAGGAGAGAGAGCAGAAACCCCCCCAGAAGUGCCACAUAAAGGGCCAGCGCCUCAGCGGGUACAACACAUCAAUGGAGCUUUGCCAAUUUACAUCAGCUGAUGACCUGGCCCAUAAACUUGAUUCUUCACUCACACACCAGUUUUAAAGCCAUGUAACUCUAUCUUCAGUGGAGAUACUCCUGACUUACACUGGUCUAAGCGGCUGAAGAAUUGGAUCAUAGUAAUUUUGCAUCGGUUUAAUUAAAGUCGGGUUUAAACUGCUUCAAGCCCCUGCGUGGACACUCUUAAUUGAGUUUAAACUGGUUUAUAUCAAUUUAACUUGCGUUGGUAAAUUUACAGGCACAAGUUAAAUCAAUACGACCAGUUUUAAAUCAGCGCAAGGGUAUCCACAGGGUUUGCACCUGUUUAACUAAACUGGUUUUUAACCUUUUUUUAGUUAAACCAGUGAAACUUCUGUGUGUAGACAAGGCUUGGGUGAGUGACAGGCUUCAAAGUGAAGAGCACCUUGAGAUGAAUGGAGGCAAGCCAUGCCAAUGCACUGUUCGAGGCCUUCUGUUUGCACGCUCAGAAGACAGCUGGUCAUAUUUUAAAGGUUUCCUUUGCAGUUGUAAGGCUAGAAAGCUUUCUUUCAUUGUAGCAGGGUGGUCACCCUGCUCCUGACCUGAAGGGCUCAAAACAGCCCAUGGAGAGGGCUGUAGCGGGGGAAAAGCUAGGCUGAUUGGGGAAGCAGCCGCAGCUGGGGCCACGCCCCAAUCAGGCCACAGCUGGCCCUAUAAGAGGGCUGAGGGCCAGCGAGUGAAAUACAAACACUCUCUCAAGGACCUGGCUGCCUGGGAAGCUGAGGCGGGUACUUAGGGUGCAGCAGUGCUGGGGAAGGGCAGACGGAGCUGGGGAGCUCCAGCCUAGCAAAGCCCCAGGCUGCAGGCCGAGUUAAGGGCCCACAAGGGUACUAGGGCUGCAGAGGGGCGGCCCAGAGAUAGGCAGAGGCAGCAGGUCCAACCCCCCUUUGCCGAUGAUGGUUUACAGACUGCAAUCCACCCCAGUGAGCAGGGGCUAGAUGGUGACUGGCAAUAGCCACUGAGGCAAGGCUGGGAUAGGGCUUUGGGGGUCCCCCUAGGCAGAUUGUGGGUUGCUGCAGUGGGCAGAACCCCAACAAAGAGCACUGGGCUCCAGGAGGGACACGGGGGCCAGCGGCAGGCGAGACAUCAGCUGGCAGAGGGCGCUCCGGAGCUGGAAAAGAGCUAAUUUCCUGGACAACCAGCAGGAGGCGCUGCGCUGGUGAGUCUUUGCCCCGCCACAUUCAUCUUUAACCUUUUUUAAAAAAAUAACACCUUAAAUUCUGCAGAAGCUAAUGGGCAAACUCCCAGGGAAACUGUCCUACUUGCCAGGGGUGAGUCUGUUUGUCAAGCCCUUGACCUGAACAUUGCUGCUUUAGUAAGAGGCUCUACAAGAGCAUUUUGACUAGUGUGAGGAAGGAUUUCAUCAUUCGGCCUCGCAAAACAGCCACCAACCCAACAACAAAAUCUGUUUUCCAGUUCUCACAUAAUGAUGGGGGGGGGGAACCCAAGUUAUAUUUGACUUGCUGUCCAAGCAAAAGAAAUCCAAUAACAAUUCAACUUUGCAGUUUUGCAAGACUGUAUUGCUUCUGCAAACAAAGGGAUAGACAAAACCGGUGCAAUAAUUUACGACCCGCUAUGGUGCUUUAAAAUAUGCUGGGAUAUUAACAGUGUGACUGCUAGACAGCUGAUAAGAUUUAUGACAGAUCAAACAGACGGUUAGUUCCGUUGCCGGAUCUUUUGCUGCUCUCAUCACUGUAGUAUCUGAGUGUCUUCCAGUGAUAAAAUAAACAAGGGACUGACAUGUCAUGAUGUGUGGCUUUCAUUCCACUACUCUCCCCUGGGGGAAAACUGCAUGUGACUAAAAAUAAAAGGAAGAAAGGCUGA